AUGGCAGUGGCCAAUAUGUCUCUGAAUGACUCUGCAAUUAAUCCUUUUGAUUUUUCUUUUAGAUUAGACACUUCACUUCACCCGCCAAGCCCAGUUAGACCAGAAGAUAAUUCCACAGCUAGCAGAUCAUCCUUUGAAUCAGAGAAUGGAGAUACUGUUCAUUCGCCUCGUCACGUUACUCCGGUCCCCAUCAGAGAGAAAAGCCUGAUUUACGAGGAGCCAAUCACACCAGCAAUCCGGGGUAAAGACGUCAGGAGUCAGAACAAAGUGUAUAUGAGGACCAACGAGAGGAUUAAAGAUAUUUGGGAGAAAUAUCAACACACCAAGGAAUAUACCGUAGAUGACCUUCUGAAGUACUGCUCCAAGACUUAUCGCAUGCCCUGUGAAUAUGACCAAUCUGAUUAAGAAGGCUUUCUUCGUCAUCUGCAGCACUGGAAGC